UUUGAGAAAGCCCUCUGAAUCAUCAGUCGCAUUUGCAGCAGCAAUUGUCACAUACGUAUGUGAGCACACUUCCACCAUCUUACUCCCCUCGCUCUCCCAAUCCUCCUUAUCUCCCUACAGGAUACAAAGACUAUCAAUCCAUAAAUACGGGAUACCUAGACUCAAUGUAACUCAAACCGCGCCACGUAAGGUUGCUGGUAGAUCGUCGAUACUGAAACCAAGUUUCAGGGUGGCCAUCAGUAAGUAGGCAGUAAGUAAGUAGGGUUUUGGGAGGUUGCUACUGUAGUAGGGGAGGUUAGCUACUUACUUACUGGCCAAAUCGCUUCCUACUUACUGAGGUUACUGCAGUAGUACUAUACAAAGUCUUGG